CUGUCCUUCUCUUCCCAUCGGGGAAGCAGAAGAAGCGGGUGGAGCCACUGCAAGCUCUCCUCUCCUUCCUCGCGAUGGCGACGGAGCUUUGGGACGAUAAUUACCUCGGGAAUAGGCGAUUUGAUAUGGAGGAAGGUAAAAUUUUCUUCACCAUUUUGCGGAUUUUACUACGGUUUUGCAGAUUUCAUUGGAUUUGUUCCUUGUCUUGGUGUCGUUGUCGGUCAUUAGGGUUUUAUCGUGAUGGGGUCUUGCUCGAUAUGGGUGAUUGUGUUGAAUUCUACGCGAAAUAGAACGCGGAGGCGGGGACGUUUGCUUCGAUGAGGGCAAGAUUUUGAGAGUCUGGACAUAAUCUAACAUGCUGAAUGAGUAUUCGGAUAGUUUCUGGAGGUAUAGAAUCAUACUUGGUGUCUUGAAAGGUUUUUACAGAGAGGAGUAGAUGUGGCAGAGCCUUCAGGAAAAAAACAUGCUUAACAUGCUUCUGCAUUAGAAUCGGAUGUUGCAUAUGCUAAUGCCUGGCUAACUCUUCUAUGCUCGGAAGGUUUUAUGGAACUAUUGGUACAUGGCUUCCGUCGGCUUAGAUCUUAUUGUAGUUUGUGAAGUUGUGAACAUAUGCCAGAAAUUGAUAACGUAAUUGCCAUCGUAGUUUGCAAGAAUACUUGUUUAGAUCUCUUACUUAUGCUAUCGUAGAAUGUCAUAAAAAAUGUAAUUGCUAGAACUUGAUUUCUUGUGCGUCUAGAGCAAAAAGUGGAUCUCCUUGUGCGUUUCUUUGUGCACAUAGUAUAGUGGCAGCAUGAGCUACUUCAAUUCUUCAGCUUAGUUGCAAGUUGUGUUAUGUUUUGCUCGAACUAUUUUGUUCUUGCUAAUGUCUAGUUUACAUUUAUUAGCUCCACCAUUGUUCUUGCUAAUGUUUGGAUUUCUUUUUUGGAUUCGAAUUUAUUUUCUUCUUCGGGUUUUGGAACUUGCUCUGUUGCUCAGGUUAUGACAUUUUUAAAGAGUUUCAUCUAGAAAAAUUGAUCUGUGAUUCUUGAUAUCAGUGAAAUGUCCUUGAACAAGACACUAGUAAAGAGAAAAUAGCUAGCUAACUUGCAGUUUUUCUUAUUCAUAAUCUCUUGCUAAAAGAUUUCAGUAUUAGAAUAUGACCGAUUAUUUUGAGAAGUCUCUGGUGUGUCGUGAGAAUUCCGUGAGGUCUUCUUCAUCCUUUUUCUUGCCUUGGAUCUUUAUUCUCUUUAUAUGUUGGGGUUAUACGCAUUGUGUCAUGCGAUGAUGCCGGACGUCUGAGUGUUACGUCUGGAGCGCACUCGCACAUGGACCUGCAAGAUUACCAGCUGAUUUAAAGCAAAUAAGUGCGACAUUUGAAGCUGUAGGAAAGAGUCGAGCUGCAAAUAUUAUAACCUUGGGGAGGAAUGUUACUGCGGGGUUGGACGGAGACCCAGCCAUCGGUCUCGAUAGGUGUAGAUGAUGGCGAUGGUUGCAGGCGUCUUUCAAGAAUGACCUCAACUUCAGGAUAUUACUAGUCAAAAGUUGAGGCGGAAUCGAAGUAGGAGACCCUCUGGUUCUGUUCACUCUUCCAUGAACUGCAAGGGACUUAAUUCUUGGGUGAAGAGCCACGGAGACGCACUUGGCGUCGUUCGCGAGAACGAUGCCAUCUAAGCCGUGCGACCACCUCUUGUGAUAUCCGCAACGGGGUCGCGGUUCCGUGGAAGCGUCUAAACAUCAGAAUCAAACAGAACAUGGUAGAACGAACAUACUUUUCCUACUCGUUCACGGCUUACACGUGUCGCACGGUGGGUUUUGUCUUUUUCUUUCAUUAUUUCCCCUUGGGGAAUGUAGGGAGAUAACGAUGGUCUUCCGGCUCAUCGCUGUCACGAAGGCAUAUCCUUGCCUUGGUAAGCAAGGAACCCUGUUUUCUUGGAAAGGAUCUCUAGAAAAUUUUCCUUUUCGCACGGCACCAAACAUGACGAACUAUAUUACUGAGAUAUUAGACAAAGUGCCAUUUAACAUUAAUAUUACUGUUAAAUACUAUUUUUACUUGGCUAAUUUUAUCUAUGUAUUUAAAAUUUAUGGCAUUUAAUAUGGUUAAAUAGCAAUUAAAAUAAAUUUAAAGAAAUAAUAAAACAUAUUAUUGGGAAUAUGUACAAUAAUAAUCACAGGCCUCGUCAUCUCUUCGGGAAGCCUCUGCAGUGCCUCCUCCUCUCCUUCUCGAGACACCCCGACUCUCAUCCGGUCGGUCAAACUCAUCAACUUUGACCAGGCGCCUACCCCUUUUUGCUUCUCUUCUGGGAAGCUGCCCGUCUCUCUGUCUCUCUCUCAUGCCCCAUCCCGUACGUGUUUGUGCACGCGUGACUCUCGCUCUGUUUAUCCAUGCAUGCGUAACAUGCCAUUUGCUAUUCCCCCCACUUGGUUUUCUCCUUGUCACGUCUCUCCUCAUCCUCUCCCCGAUGUCUUCUUCCACAAGCAGCAGCAGCAUGGAGACCUCAGCCAUUCUGCAACCACCAGCCUUCGCCUUCUCCGAACUCCUUGCAGGAGCUGGCGGCGUCGACGACGAUGGCGGCAGGGACUUCCCGGCCUUUGCUGGAGAUUCCGUACCCAACUUCAAGUCUGCACCUCCUCCUUCGCUGGCCAUCUCCCGUCCUCCCUUUUCGCCUUCGUCUUGUUUCGCCAUCCCGGCCGGCCUCAGCCCUGCUUUGCUCUUGGACUCUCCGGUGCUCUUCUCCUCAUCCAACAUAUUGCCAUCUCCAACUACUGGGACUUUACAAGCUCUGAAUCGGGGAAUCUCCUCUGCUGAUCAUCGACAAGGGAACAAAGAUGAAACCAUUGCCUGCUCCGACAUCUCAUACCAAACCAACACAGAACCCAAAAACUUUGAGACAGCAUCAUUUCAGACUUGUGGGUCUGCAAUCGCUGUGGAAGGCGCCUUCAAAACCCACAGACGGUGCAAUUAUCAUCACGAGACCAGCAACAGCAUCAAAGUCGAAGCUGUAGCUCCAACUUUUCAGUCCGAGUUGGGAGCCCACCAUGGCCAAACCGAUCACGAUCGAUCCAGUCAAGCUCCUCUUACCCUCGAAGAACAGAGGAAGUUCGAUGAUGGAUGCCAUUGGAGAAAGUACGGUGAGAAACAGGUCAAAGGAAGCGAUAACCCACGGAGCUAUUACAAGUGCACGCACCCGAGUUGUCCGAGAAAGAAGCAGGUGGAGAGGUCCUCGGACGGACACAUCACCGAGAUCGUUUACAAGGGUACUCAUAGCCACUCAAAGCCACAGUCCACCACGAGGCAUUCGGCCGCCGUUCAAGCGAUUCAGGAUGCUGCGCCUCCUGAAGCAUCCGAAGCUUCUUUCGGCGGGCCGGAUAAUUCAUCGGCGUCUUUUGGUGAUAGUAGCAUCGAUUUGAGCUCUCGGAGGAGCAAUCGGGGAGGUGAAGCCUUGGACGAAACCGAACCAGAUGCCAAGCGAUGGAAGACAGAAGGUGACCAUGAAGAGUUAUCAGCUCCCGGAAAUAGGGUUACGAGGGAGCCGAGAGUGGUUGUGCAGACACAGAGCGAUGUCGAUAUCCUCGACGACGGGUACCGUUGGAGAAAGUAUGGGCAGAAGGUGGUGAAGGGUAAUCCAAACCCGAGGAGUUAUUACAAAUGCACUACCAUGGGCUGCCCCGUAAGGAAACAUGUGGAGAGGGCAUCGCAAGAUCCCAGUUCAGUGAUCACCACGUAUGAAGGCAAGCACAACCAUGAUGUUCCUGCAGCCAGAGGAAGCGGGGCGCACUUACAGAGCAGGCCUCAACCGGAGGAUUAUGGCACCGCCACAGCAGUGCGUCCAUCGUUCAUGGCCGGUCACGCCAGUCAAAUUGCUGCAUACGAUGCCUUUGGUGCCUCGGGGGUUUACGUCUCAGGUUAUCGGAGCUCGGUGAGCUCGUUCAUCUGUCAACAGCAGCAGCAGCAGCAGCAGCAGCAAAUGGGGAGGAAGUUUUAGGCAGCGGAGCUUGUGUUCCUCCAGGUUGGUUGUAAGCUACCGGUGAUACAGAAGCUUAAGUUCCGGUCU